AUGAUAUUCCGGGUCAGCAUCCUGGUUUUGCUUCACUUGCAGCCGGUGCCGUUUCUCCGGUCACCUUCAGAAAAUGAAAAAAGCAAGCUCCUGCAGGAAGAUGAGGUGCAAGAUGAGGGAACUGAAAUGUUCAACAGCAAGAACAUAGAAAUGGAAUUAAACCCAAAGUUGAUUAAGAAAAUAAUCGGUGAAAAGUCCGAGCAUUCGCAGAAUCUUGUAAUGGAGUUGGAGAUGGAGAAAUCGACCCUCGAAAGGAGACUGCUUGAGUUGUAUAGUCUGAAAGAAAAGCUAUAUUACAUUGCUUGCCUGCAGAGGAAUUUAGAUGACAAAACUGCAGAAAUCGAAAAACUCGAAUUUGCAAUAUUUGCACUUAGGGAUGAGAUAAAGGAUCUGAAAGAAUAUAAUGCAGGUAGCUUGGAAGUGAAGCAACUAGAUAUGGAAAAGAAGAUGAUAGUGGAAAUGCAGAUGAAGAAUGGCAAUGCUAGCCAGAUGAAGAGGCAAAUAUUUGUUCUUCAAGAGCAAUUAUCUGGAUUUGCUGCCAAUGAAACCUCUGUUCAAGAUGCUUCGGUCGAAAAACGGCUUGAAGCUAUUAAAGAUAUCGAAUUACAGGUCCUUAAGAUGAGAAGAAUAAACAAAGAACUUGAGUUAGAGAAGAGAGAAAUUUCAUUUAAGUUAUAUGCUGCUCAUGCCAAAGUAUCUGCACUUUCUGACAUGAAAGAGAUUAAGACUAUUGCCAAGAUUAGCGAACUGAGACAUGUCAAUGGGGACCUCUUGAACGAAGUCGAAAGACUGCAGAAGAGCAGAUUCGCCAUGGUUGAGGAGCUAGUGUACCAACGCUGGCUCAAUGCUUGCUUGAGGGCUGAAAUCAAACAUCAUCAAGAAAGAACUUGCAAGAGAAAGUUUUCUACUUCAAUGGUCCCUUCAAACACAUCAAUGCUAAGCGCUAAACUAGGUGGUACAUAUGGCAAGAAAAAUGUGUCAGCUCCAAAGGAACUUACUGAAACUAUGAAGAUGCCGGAUCUUACAAAAAAGGGCUAUUAUGAGAAGGGAAUCGUUUCUUUAGUCACCGAGGAUCGGUCAAGUGCGAAGACCGGUGCAUUGGCUGGCAAGAAACAUGAAUCUCCGUCUGAGAUCGCUCCAGUGGAGCCAAACCAGUCAAGUGAUCAUUCAAAUAGGAGAUCCAUUGACAAUGAUGAUGGUGACGCCAAAGAAGUUAGCAGGGUGGUGUCGGAACCGUCUUUCGGUUGGGCAUGGAAUUCAGUUUCGACUUGA